UAUUUAGUCUAAAUUUUUCUGAACAUAAUUUUGCAAUACAUUCACAUUUAACUGUGCACUUUUUAGUCCACAUUUCCGUAGUGUUCGGUAUCUGAAAUUUAUGUUCCCAUUGUAAUGCCAAUGUUUGUUGUGCAUUGUCAAUAAAGUUGCAUUAAUUGUUAAGCAUUUACCGUAACUAUCCAAUCAAUUGCGCACAUGAAAACAGGAGCGACUGUUUUAAAUCGCAGUGAGAAACGCGGCUAAGAAAAACUCCCAUCGUCAUGUCUGAAAACGACACAUGUUUAAUGCCUCAGAUUUUCUCUACAAUCAGAUAUAAAGCACUUGACUAUGUGUUUGAAACGACCACCAGUUUGAAAGUUAUGAUGAACUUGCUGGCUCUGCCAACACCUUAUUUAAUGAGUACACAUGACGUGUACCCUCACAGUGGUAAAGUUCCUGAGGUCACCUACAGAACACCGUGGAUCAGAGGAAAGGUAAUCUCCACUUGCAAACUUUUUGUCAGUGGAUCUGUGCUUGACGACCUGGGUGCAACAAACCAACCAGUCAAUUCACCAGAAAGAUUCAAUGCAACUCUAAAUGAGGUGAAUGGGGUUGUGGAGAAAAUAACCAGUUCUAAUCCCAACUUCAUCAGAGAUAUAGAUCAGGAUGAGGAUGCUUGCAACUCAGAAGAGUUGCACAUCAGUGAUCAAUGUUCAGAAUCAUUUUUCAAGUGGACAGUGGCCCAGAUGUACCCUGAAAAGCAGAAUAACUUUAACUCAGCAGAUCUCCUCCUGCCAGAAGAGGUCAUAGUUGUUGCUUACCUGCCAAAAUUCAAGCGACAUCUACCCACACUGAAAGCCAAACUUUCCAGGCUGAGGACUCUUCCUGUGGUCGACCCACUGCUGAGCUCAACAGGAGACACCAUCUCUGAGGAAUCAAUAUUCAGGUGCAAACAUGGUUUUAUAUUCACCCAAAAGCAUUGUGCUGCAUAUGAAAAAACACCUGACAUGUGCACCAGUGACACUCAGACAUGUGCAAAUGUACAUGAGGAGUUUGGCAAAGAGACACUUAUUAAGGAAGAGUCUCUGUUGUUGCCUGUAGUAGUGGACACUUUUAAAAUGACCACAGAAAAUUACACCUCCUUUUCAAAUAUUAGUGGUCAAAUAGAUGUUGCUCCUGAGCUGCUGGAGGAACAGCUUCCAGUUGUGGAUGUGCUUCAUCAAGCUGCCCUUUCAGAUGCAUCAGUAUCAGUGAAUAAAGCCCAGUUUGAUUUUGAUAAGGAGCACAGUGAAGAAUGCGAGAUGAAUGGAUGCCUGAUGGAUCCAGAUUUAAUUCGACAUCUGGUGCUUCCAUAUGAAAUGGAGCUGGACGUGACUCUGUCACCAACUCCCAAAAAAGGUCACACCCAUCUCUGCCUGUCCACUUCUGAGCUCAAGAAGAAAGCAAUGUCACAGCUUGGCAGACAAUGUUUGGUGUCAUCGAGAGCUCAAAAAGAAAUGGAGAGGGCAUGUUGGAAAGCAGAGAAGCAUCUAAACUUUGUGGUGGGCUUACUGUUGGCAGAGCCUCCGAUAUCUGUGCCAGCAAUCAACUACCAGCCUCUACCCGAGGCCUUGAAAGUCAUAAAAUCAGAAAGACAAGACUUUAUAUGUGCUGGUGGUGAACUGGAGUCACAGCUGAGCACAGGAGUCGCACAUGAGUUCACUGAGAGCAUGAUGACUGGGUUUCCCACGACUGAAGUGGAAAAGAUGGAAGACUUUAAGAAAGUGUCACCGGGACAUGUCCUAUCCACAGUAAGACCCGUCGUGAUGAGUCCUACAAAUAAUACUCUGUUAACUCACAUGAAGAAACCUGAAGAUGCUGCUCUUCAAGCAGAGGCUGCUAGAGAUAAUCGUCAACAAAAAGAAAUCACUGCUGACAUGUCUCAGAACACCCUUCUGCAAAAUGUCAACACAAACAAUGAGGAAGUAAAAAUGUCAAAACCUGCUGCUUCCGCAAACGCCAAAGAUCCCAGUCCUAAAGUGAGGUUCUCCGAUUUGGCAGCUUUGUCUUCUGCUCAUAAGAACGACACCGUCACAGGUGGUGAAGACUUUCAGACCAAGCACAGUUUCCUCCCUCCAGAGCAGGCUGUGUCCACCACACUGAAAAUAAGAGACAAUCUCAGUCAUCAGCCAAUUACUAAACGUCCACCAGAGAAGGACCUUGACCCUCUCUCCACCUUCAUGAUACUUAGAUCCCAGCAGACAACUCCAGUUACUGCAGCACCACAGAGCUCAGUCAGUACUCCAGCACCACUGGAAGCUUCAUCACAGCCGCAACCUCCUCCAGAGCAGAUACAAAUAUCGGAGAGGAGAUCAAUUUAUAUGGGUGGUACUGUGUCAGGAAAUGCCUCUAGAGUGCAGGAGUCAGCCGGUCGGUGGAAAGUCAUCAGUCAUGCAGUCAGUCAGGAGAAACCAGACAGCAGAGUAAUACAGCUUCAAGCUACAGACAGCCAGCAGCAUGCCUACUGUGAGCUGCUGGCCAUCGCUCAGCCUUGUUUGAACUCUGUUAGACAGCUGGGCCUCAACUUCCCUGUGUGGGGGGACUUCAGCUGCCUGGCCCCCGACCAAACGCGCUUCAUCCUCAAACAGCAGGAGAAGGCUCUGUGCAGAAUAAAGGCUUCAAGCCCAGAGCUGAUCAAAGAACAGGAACUGAUUUUCAGAAAGGCCGCUCUGAUUCAUGUGCUGGUGACAUCCAAGGAGCUGCUGCUGAAGUGUGACCUCAGUACUGCACUGGCAUACCUUAGUAAGGCAGCUGAGACAUGUUUGGAGCAGAAUUUGGAGCAGCUGACGAAGAGGCUGCAGAUCAUCCUCUUCCUCAGUCGCAAGAACAAGGAGUCUGACCUCAAACUGCAGGAGCUGCAGCAGCUGCUGGCUUCAUGGCUGCACAGCGGGAAAGGACAGAGCAACAUGGACAAAAUUCUUGUCAUAUUAUCAACUGACCCUGACAGCAACAGAUCUACAAUCACCAACAUCUUGAGUCAAGUUCCCGGUGCUACGGUGACUGUCCUGAGUCCUGGGGAGAAUAAGUCCAAAGUGAAUGGUGCCAGUGUGGUCAGCAGUGUGUCUGACAGUGUGUGUGCAGUGGUGUUUGAGCAGCACAUAGGUCCAGACUUCCCCUGGAACAGUUUCUGUCUGGUGGUGGAGUAUGACUCUCCGGGCCAGUCUGCUUGGUCCACAGUCUGCAGAGAGAGGAGCAUCAGUCACCUUACCUUCAGCACCAGCAUCACUGACACUGCGAAGGAGAACUGUCUGGAAGACAGCGUGCCUUAUGUGCUGCUUGUGACAGGAGAGCUUCUCAAUUGUCCACUGCUGCUACAAACACUCGAGUCAGAGUUUAAUAUAACCGUGUUGGAGAGGAGCCACUGUCCAUCCCUGCAGAUACUUGGUGGGACUCAACACUAUUCUGUGGUCACAGUGGAUGAAAGUACUGCUAUAAUAGUUCAGAAGCAGGAUGAGCUGCAUCAGGAACGAGCUAGUGAGGGUCUGGUGAUGAGGCUGACCGCUCUCUCUCUUCAGUAUAGCUGCUGUUGGUUGAUCCUGCACUGCCCAGACAUCCACGGAGGAGGAUUUUAUGGCGAAGCCUUCAGCAACUUGGUGUUGGUUUAUUCUUCUCUGGUGCUGUUUGGGAUGAAGUCCAAGGAUCUACAGAUCAAGGUUCUGAUAGUGUCAGAGGUUUUGGAAAUUGCCAAGUGGAUCAGUCGGCUCUGCUUCCACAGCCUGAUGUCCAGUGACAGGGAUCCUGUCAGUUACCUGGACAGAGACUGGUUGAGUGUGAUGCCUUCACAGGAGGAAGAGUGUCUGUUGCAGUUCCCAUGCAUUAACUCUCUGGUUAGUCAGCUCAUGUUGAGGAGAGCGCCAACCCUCCAGUGGUUGCUUGGAGCCUCGCUGCCACAGCUGAAUGAGCUCCUCCCUGAGGUGCCACACAAAGUCCUCAAGCUGUUCAGUGACACCACUUCCCUUUACACACUGACCACACCACUCAACCAGCCAAAGUCUCCAACAGUGACCACAGACACAAACCAACAAACCUUCCAACCUCAUCGUUCCACGUCCCCUCCUCCUCAGCAGCCAUUCUCUAACCAUCACAACACCAACGUCCUGUUUACACCUGCGAGUACAGGGAGCAGCUUCUUUGACCAAGACCCAGACCUGAUAUUGCAAGACGAAAACAGUGACUUCAGACUGGACCCUAGUUCCUUUGGCAAUCCAGAUGGUUUCCUGCAGAGCAGCUGGCCCAGUGGUGAGUUCUGGGGAAAGGAGGAGACGUUUUCAGGAUGGAGAAGCACAACUGGAGCAGUCGGAAGAGUUAUCAGGAGAGUCAACGACGAAUGGAAACUUGGGCCUCCACUAAACCUCAGCGGCAACACUAGCUGCCUUUACAACACCGAGGACAGUCCUCUCAAGCUGGACUCUACCCUCAGGUCGAGUCCAGUCCUGCAGCAGCUACCUGAUGUCAACACUCAAAUGCCAAGGUACUCUUCUGUCCUCAGUGACCUCCAGCAUCCUAACAUCCACCACAUCACCUGCAGCCUGCUGAGCCCUCCCACCGGAGUCACUCUGUGGAGUCCACAAAGAAGUGGCCAAGGCUGCCGUUCUAACAGCAACAGGAUAAAAGUGAUUUCACCCAAGUAUGGCUCCAAAAAAUGCUGGAUAGGACGAGAGCGGAAGAGGAGUGGGGAGGCUGCAGACGUGGUUGGAACAGAACUGACGCCUCUGAAGAAGGGCAGGCUGAGCUAUGAGAGGGUUCCGGGCAGAAGUGACGGACAGACGAGGCUUAAACUAUUUUAAACGCAAAUGCUUUGCUCCGCCUACAAGAAUGAAAUCUUUAUAGUUUUUUCAAUUCAUUGUUGCAUUUCAGCCUUUAAUUACAUUGCAUAUGACGAGUUUCCAAUUUUGGGGAGCACAUUUCUACAUUUUCUAAGCAACAUUACUGUUUUCUUCUUAAUGUAGCUUUGUAGAUUUAUUUGUAUGUAAUCGUUUAGAACUUAAAUUUCACUAAAAUGCAAGUGCUGACAUAAUUACAUAAUACUAAUGAAAAGCCGAUGUUAUAAUUAAAAUAUAGUUUUGGUCUUAGGUUUGUUCCAAAGCACAAAUGUACUAAUUUAUUAAAUCAAAAAGUGUUGCUGACAUAAACAUAAUAAAUAACAAUAUAAAAGGUACAACUUUAAAAUGUCUUGAAUAAAACAAA